GGCAGUUUGACCCUCCAGGGCAGCAGCGCCGCCCGAGACGGCAGACGGGAGACGGGCCUCUCUGCCUCUCGAGCCCAGAAUGCAAGCCUUCUCGAGCUUCGUGCAGAAGGCGCAGCAGCUGUUGGACCCUUCCCAGGGCCUGAACCUCUCCGACUCCGACAGGAAUCCGUCCAAGGCCUCGCUCUUCCAGAGCCAGUUCCGCCUGCCGUCCUCCCAGCACCCGCUCUACGAGAUCACCGCCGAGCUGACCAUCCCGCCCGCCAAUGCGACCCAGGGCGACCGAGACCGCGACCGCGGCUACCAGUAUGCCGGCAAGCUGCACCUCUCCGAAGCCUUCCUCUGCUUCUCCACCACCCCGUCCAGCUUCCUGCAGUCGGCAAGCACCUCCACCUCGUCCAUCUUCACCGGCCAGACCCACGGCAGCGGGCCCAGCGGCAAUGGCUUCACCUUCCCGCUCUGCUCCAUCCGCCGCGUCGAGCGGCUACACAGCCAGAACUUCCAGUUCGCUCUCUCCAUAUCCACCUGGAACGGCAUCAGCCAGGAUGCGGCGAAGGAGAAAGACAGGAAGGACCUGCGGGAGCAGCGAAUAACCAUCCAGCUGGCUGGCAGUCGGCAAGCCUGCGAGCGUUUCUGCGACGGCCUGAAGAAGGGCCUGCGGGCGAAUGUCGGAAAUGUCGGGAAGAUGAAGCAGGUCACGGCCGAGUGCUACUCCGAGUACCUCCUCCGACCCGAGGACAAGAAGAACGCGAUUCCGCCCGAUGCCGGUCUGGGCAUGCUCUUCAAGUACCCCGGCGAUCCCAAGAAGCUGCGCGACCGCGCCAAGAUGAGGUUGUGGGCCGAGUAUCUAAGGGACAACGGCCGGAAUAUGACGCUCCUCCGCCAGCCUACCUUCCACAAGCUGAUCAGAGUCGGCUUGCCAAACAGGCUAAGGGGCGAGAUCUGGGAGCUCACGUCGGGCUCCCUCUACCUGCGGCUGGAGAACCCGACCCUGUACGCCGACACCUUGUCCAAGUUCUCCGGAAAGGAAUCGCUAGCCAUCGACGAGAUCGAGAAGGACCUCAACCGCAGCCUGCCCGAGUACCCCGGCUUUCAGAGCGACGAGGGCAUCGGCCGCCUGCGCCGCGUUCUGACCGCCUACAGCUGGGUGAACGCCGACGUGGGCUACUGCCAGGCCAUGAACAUCGUCGUGGCCGCCCUCCUCAUCUACAUGUCCGAGGCCCAGGCCUUCUUCUUGCUCUCUGCCCUGUGUGACAGGUUCGUCCCCGGGUACUACUCGACCACCAUGUACGGCACGCUCCUCGAUCAGAAGGUGUUUGAAUCUCUGGUGGAGAAGACGAUGCCCAUUCUAUGGGAGCAUCUCGUCAAGAGCGACGUGCAGCUGUCCGUCGUUUCGCUGCCUUGGUUCCUGUCCCUCUACAUCAACUCGAUGCCCCUGGUGUUUGCCUUCAGGGUCCUGGACGUCUUCUUCGUCGAGGGCCCCAAAGUCCUGUUCCAAGUGGGGCUGGCCAUUCUGAGGAUAAACGGGGAAGAGCUGCUGGACGCAGCCGACGACGGCGCCUUCAUCUCGGUUCUCAAGUCGUACUUUGCCAGCCUGGACGAGUCGGCCCACCCCAAGUCAGAGAACCCGAAGCUGAGGGCCGUGACCAAAUUCCAGGAGCUCAUGGUGGUCGCCUUCAAGGAAUUCUCGGGCAUUACGCAUAGCAGCAUCACCGAGCUCCGGUUGAAGAACAAGGAUGCCGUGCUCAACAACAUCGAGAGCUUCGCAAAGCGCACCGCCAUCAGGAACCUGGGCCCGGAUAGCAAACUGCUCAGCAACGAUGAGCUGGGCGCCCUGUACGACCGCUUCUACGGCGUCCUGUACGAGAGACAGCAACGCGACCGCAUCAUCAAGCAGGAGCUGGCGCGGCGGGCCAAGAGCAGCCGGUCGCGGAUCGCCGAGGCGGCCAGCGAGGGCGGUCACGGGAUCGAGAAGGGCCGCGUCGGCCUUGGGCCGAGCACCAGUUUGAUGGACUACGAUGCCUUCCGCGAAUUCCUCGCCGGCAUCUGCAAAUGGGCCAUCUCAGAUGCUCCCUCGACGCCGAGGCGCGAUGCGGUCACGGAAAAGGAGAAGGGCUUCUACGGCAGCUUCAGGCGGUCCGACUCAUUGUUGUCCCCGUGGGGGGCCGGUUCCGAGCCUGCCGACCACGAGUUCCUCCGGCGGCUGUUCCAGAAAUGGGAUACCGACUCGUCCUCGGCGCUCACGCUCCAGAAGGUCGUCUCCGGGCUCGCGCGCAUCAAGGGCAAGCGCGACAUCAUGGGCACCAUCAACUACUUCUUUGAGCUGUACGACGACGACGGGGACGGCAAAGUUGAUCGGGAGGGCAUCUUGCGCAUGUCCGAAGCCCUGCUGUUUCUGUCGCGCCGCGGUUUGGAGGGCACGCUGAGCCCGUCCAACUCGACCUUGACGCUGAGCGGAGAGGGCGCAAACAAUGACCAGGGCGACGUCCUCGGCCAGCCGGUAAGCGAGCGGUUCCUCGGCAGCGUCAGCGCUUUCAUAAGAAGAUGCUUUGAGUACGCCGAUCCGGACCACCCAAGCAACCAGGACAGCGCGGUGCAGGAGCUGGGAGACAAGCUCGCCUCGACCGACCUGAAAGAGGAGCCAGAGAGCGAGCAGCUAGCAAACCCGGACGCCUUCGCCAUCGGCGAUGACGACGAUGAGGACGACCUAUUAGCCAUGGACUCGCCGACCUCCAGUCCCAAAGCAGCCGCGCAGCGACCCGCCAGCAACCAGCCGCCACCGCCCACGAUCCAGCUCAACUCGCCAACGACGCAACUCUCCCCGGGCGACGACAUCGCCGCCCGCCGGCGCGUCUCCAAGGCGCAGUCCGAAAAAGCCAACAUCGCCCUCGACCCGUCCAACCCGCUGCACAUCACCCUGCCCACCUUCCGCAUGGUCGUCCUCGCCGACGAGCUGCUCGAGCAGUUCUUCGAGUCCGCCUUCCCGGCCUCCUUCCACCUGAUCGACGGCAUCGCCGGCCCCACCUCCGCCACCACCAGCACCGCCGCUUCCCCACUCACGACCUUCUCCAGCCUCGGCUUCGGCGCCGGCCGCGCGGCCAACCCCGCCGCCGCUGCCGCUGGACAGGGCCCCGCUGCGUUUGGAGCAGCAGGAGCAGCGGUAGCAGGAGCAGGAGGAGCCGGCCGCGGCCUGCGCGGCGUGCUCGACAACAUCGUCACGGAUGGCAUGCGCGUUGCCGCCGAGGUGCGCCGCCGCAUGGAGGAGGCCCAGCGCGAGCUCGAGCGCAACGCCCUCCCGGGACAGCAGUCGCAGCAGCAGCGCGGGAGCGGAGCUAGGGAUGACGAGGAUGACGAGGACGAUGAGGAGCUUGGUGCUCCUCCCGGUGCCGGUAGCGCAGGAGGGAAUGGCAAGGGCGCUGCCGCCGCCGCCGCCGCCGGUGCCGCUGGCAGGUAUGCGUAUGCGUACGGCGGGGAUGCGGAGCGGCGCAGCGUGCGCAGCUCGGAUCGCGAUCUGUUGACUGGUGCCGAUGCCGAGGCGAGCGAUGCUGCGCCCGUGGGGGAUGUGCCUGCCAUUGAGGGCGGGGUGGUAGGAGGAGGGCUGGGAGAGGGGGGAUCGAGUAGUGUGGGUGUGAGCGGAGGGGGCCGUGGCCGGGCAGCAGAGAUGGGCACGGGGAAGGUGGUCGGGAUCGAGUUUGACGGCUAGGCGCCGUGGGAUUCGAUCCGGUCUAGGUGGCGGGCCGUGGAGAGGAACGAUGAGCCUCUGUGGGGUUGAUUUCUUUGCUUGACUUCUUGGCUGGGUUGACUUUUUGUUUUGCUUGCCCGUUUGCUUUUACUUUGAUCGUUGCAGAUUUCAUCGACAUGGCUGCUGGCGUCGGGCGGGAGGUUCGGGGUGUCUGUCCAUGGGCGUAGCGGCGGGUGUAUGGUCAGUUGGUCGUUUUGAAGCCGUUGGCUGGCUGGCGAUGGCGGCGCGCCUGCUGAUUGAUUGAUUGAUUUGAUUUAACGGGCGGUUUUAGAUCGAGGCUACAUUGCAAGAUAUAUAUGGUUUAGUCGAGAUCUUGUGCUCCCUACCUACGCUUCAAGGUGUGUGUCGUCGGAGGCCACCCACUCGCGGUGUGGCCACGCGCGCAAGGCGGGUUCCACGCAGCGGUCAUAGG